AUGGCCAACGAUCUACUAUACAUGCACAAUGGAACAGCAUCCGGCAAAAACACAAAGCACGGUGAAGUAUAUCGCCGCGGAUGGGUCGUUCAAGAAUUAGUUCUGGCCCCGAGAAUUAUACAUUUUGGCGAAACUCAGUUAGUCUGGGAGUGUAACGAACUCACAGCUUCCGAAACAUACCCGUAUGGCUGGCCAUCGGUCGCGGGGUCAAAGCUUUCGCUUGAUCCAAGCUGUCUCCAAUGGGAACUUGUGAGAUCGCCAAUUUCUGAAUCUAAAGGAUACCACAUCUGGCAGAAGGUUGUGGAGAAAUAUUCAAAGUGCGACCUGACCAGAGAAGACGAAGAUAAGCUCGUGGCUAUCUCAGGUCUGGCGAAGAAUCUGGGGCCCCCCGAAGAGUAUUUGGCCGGACUCUGGAAACAUGACCUCUCGUAUCAACUAUUAUGGAAGACAAUCUCCACGGAGUCGAGGAGAAACAACUCCGGUGCGCCUACCUGGUCGUGGGCUUCAAUCAGUGGGCCCAUAGAGUACCGCGUUCGAUGGGCUGUUAACCAAGCAGACGAGGAAAUUCUCGUAAGCGUUGUCGAUGCUGCUACGAUCUUGAAGACUGCAGACCCGACUGGCUCUGUUCGUCGAGGUUUUGUUGAGAUCCAUGGCCCGUUGGCCAAGGUGGAGAUCCAAACGAUUCAACCCGAUGAGCGACCUCCAAGUCAUCUGAUCAACGGUAACCCUGGGGUCGUCAAGUGGGAUAUUGGCCAAUGGAACAGAUUGGACUGGACCAAGGGUCACCCCUCUGAGGUCGCGAAUACUUUCUGGGCAAUGCCAAUUGAGAUCAAGCAGGCCCACUCCUGCCUGGUCAGUGGAUUGGUGCUAGAAGCAAUACCUGGAAAGCCAGCCCUGCGGCGUGUUGGCUUCUUUUCCAUUUCCAACGUCUUCCGUCCAAGAGGAUUUUAUAUGUUUCUGGCAAUGCUUUGCCAUGCUGACUACAUGCCCGACGACAAAAUCUUUGCGGCAGGGUUCUGCGACGAACUGAAGCAGGCACCGGCAAUCAAGCGAUACAGGUUUUUAACCUACAGCUUCUUGAUACUUUGA